AUGCGCAGCAAAUUCAAGGACGAGCACCCCUUCGAGAAGCGCAAGGCUGAGGCCGAGCGCAUUCGUCAGAAAUAUGCUGAUCGUAUUCCCGUUAUCUGCGAGAAGGUCGAGAAGAGCGAUAUUGCGACCAUCGACAAGAAGAAGUACCUGGUCCCUGCCGACCUGACCGUCGGCCAGUUCGUUUACGUCAUCCGCAAGAGAAUCAAGCUGUCUCCUGAGAAGGCCAUCUUUAUCUUCGUUGACGAGGUUCUACCCCCGACAGCUGCCCUGAUGAGCAGCAUUUAUGAGGAGCACAAGGAUGAGGACGGCUUCCUCUACAUCACCUACUCUGGCGAGAACACCUUUGGCGAAGCGUAA